AUGGCGACAUCUGACCUAGAUCAGUUAGUCAUGAUGGGCUUCGACAAGGAGCGCAGUGAAAUGGCACUGAAGAAUACAGGCAGCCUGGCAGACGCGAUCGACUGGCUCGACGCGAACUCCUCAAAGUCACUUGAAGAACUGAAAGCCGAGAAGGCCGCAGCAGCAGAGGCAAAGGCAGCAGAGGCAGCCGAAGAGGCACGGAGUCUUGUGUGCAACGAGUGUGGGAAGAAGUUUAGGGGGACUGCCCAGGCCGAGUUUCACGCAUCGAAAUCUGGCCAUACUGACUUCUCGGAAUCGACUGAAGAAAUUGCACCCUUAACUGAAGAAGAGAAAAAGGCAAAGCUAGCAGAAUUGAGAGAAAAGCUAGCUGCCAAGCGGGCAAUCCAGUCCGAACAAGACAAGGUCGACAAAAAGCGCAAUGAACAGAUCAACCGGAAGAAGACUAAGGAAACGGAAGAUCUGAAGGAGCAACUCAAGGUCAAAGAGCAGAUCAAGGAGGCCGAGAAGAAGAGGCGAGAGAGGCAGGAGGACAUCGAAGCAAAGAAGCGGAUUCAAGCUAAGAUCGCUGCCGAUAAAGAGGAACGACGAUUGCGAGCGGAGCGGGAAAAGGCUGAGCGCGCUGGGACUACGCCUCCAGCCGCAGCAGCAGCUCCUCCGGCAGCGGCACCAGCAGCGUCCAAGCCAGCCUCAGAGUAUAAGGAGACACGAUUAAGGCUACAAACAUCGACGGGAAACAUUAUGAAGACCUUCCCUGUCGAGACAACCUUGUUCGAGGUGGCGGCUGCUGUAGGGGAAGAAACCGGUCGGGAUGUCGAAAGCUUUACACAGAAUUUCCCGAGAAAGGUCUUCAACCAGGAGUACUUUGGAGAGAGUCUGAAGGAUCUCAAGCUCGUGCCCAGUGCCAGCUUGAUUGUGAAGUAG